AUGAAGCUGGUGGUCGAGGUCAUCGGCGCGCACGACCUGCCGGCGAGGCGCGGCCGUCACGGCGUGACCCCGUUCGUGCAGGUCGCGUUCGGCGGCCAGCGGCACGCGACCGGCGUCAGGCCCGGCGAGGCCAGCCCGACGUGGAACGAGACGGUCGUGUUCGUAGUCGACGCGACGACGAUCGCCGGCCGCGGCGCCCGGCUCUCGGACCGUUCCAUCGACGUCGGGGUCUACCACCGGCGCGGCUCCGGCCGCAAGAGCUGCCUCGGCCGCGUCCGCCUGUUCGGCGCGGCCGCCGCGCCGUCCGCCGACGAGGCCGUCCUCCUGCGCUGCCCACUCGACAAGCCCAGCUUCUUCUCCCCGGCGCGCGGCGAGGUCGCGCUCCGGCUCUACCUGGCGCCGUACGGACCGCCGGCUACUCCCACCGCCGCCGCCGCCGCCGCUGGCAAUGCCUACUCUACCACGUAUGCCACAACCACCUUCAACGACACCGCCUCCAUCGCCGGCGGUCCAGAGACAGUCGUCGGUGGCGCGAGCACGUACUCAUCAUCUCCGGCAAUGGUGAUCAAGAAGAAAAAGAAGACGAAACAACCGGCGCAAGAGCCGCCGCCGCUGCAUGUCUUCAACUCCAUCCCCACGCAGUCCAGCACGGGGUCACUGAUCUUCCCUCCACCGCCACCACCGCCGCCGCCGCCGCCGCCAACCGCAGCCCCAAAGGCCACCAAGAAGGCGGCGGAGUACCUCAUGGUUGACAAGCUGGAGUUCCUGUACGUCAACGUAGUGCGCGCCAGGGGCCUCUCCGGCAUCGACCCGUACGUGGAGGUCCGUGUAGGCAACUACUCGUCGGCGACACGUCAUCUCGUCGGGAACCAUGAACCGGAGUGGAACCAGGUGUUCGCCUUCUCCAAGGACCAGCUGCAGGCGGACAGCGUGGAGGUGAUCGUCAAGGACAAGAACCUCAUCGUGUGGGACAGCAUCGCCGGCAGAGCUCACCUGAGCAUCGCCGAGGUCCCAAGCUUGGCUCCUCCGAACCGCCCUCUGGCGCCACAAUGGUACGGGCUCAAGGGCGCCAAGGGCCAGUGGACGGGCGGCGAGGUCAUGGUCGCCGCCUGGAAGGGGUCGCAGUCCGACGAGGCCUUCGCCGGCGCACUGCACGCCGACGCACACGACCUGGCACCGGCCGCCGUGGCCGCCACCCAGACGAAGAGCUACUUCGCGCCACGGCUGUGCUACCUCCGGUGCCACGUCAUCGCCGCCCACGACCUGGUCCACCCUGACCGCCGCCGCCGGAUGAGCGUGUUCGUGAGGGUGCAGCUCGGCGCGCAGAGGUGGUACACCCGGGCGUCGCCGAGCGCUAGGUGGGACGAGGACUUCUUCCUCGUCGCGGCGUGGCCGUUCGACGAGCCCCUGGAGGUCGCCGUCAUGGACAUCGUCUCGCCGGAGCGGCACGAGCUGCUGGGCGAGGUCACUUUCCCCAAGGGAAGCAUCAAGGUGCAGCAGUUCGACAAGAAGAAGAUCAAGCCGCCGGCGCCGUCAUGGCACGACCUCGAGCUCCCGCGUUCGUCCAACGGCGGCGCCGGCGGUGGUCGUGGCGAUGAUGAUGCCCGGGACAGAUCAGGACGGCGGCACGAGUUCAGGAGCAAGAUACAGCUGCGCGUCUACUACGACGCGGCGUACCACGUCCUCGACGAGGUCACGUCGUACGCCAGCGACUUCCAGCCAUCGGCGCGGCCGCUCCGGUCGCCGGCCAUUGGUGUCCUCGAGCUCGCCGUCCUGCGAGCAACCGGCCUCCGGUCAACGAAGCGAGGGACCGUCGACGUCGACGCCUACUGCGUCGCCAAGUACGGGCACAAGUGGAUCCGGACACGCACGCUCCUCGACACGGCGUCGCCGAGCUGGCAGGAGCAGUUCACGUUCGACGUGUUCGACCCCUGCACCGUGCUCACCGUCGCCGUCUUCGACAACAGGCAGCUCUCCGCCGACGCCGACGCCGACGCCGACGCGCCGCUGGGCAAAGUCCGGAUCCGCGUCUCCACGCUGGGCUCCGGCCGCACGUACGAGCAGCCCUACUCCCUGUUCGUGGUGCACCCCACGGCGGGUCUCCUCCGGUGCGGCGAGCUCCACCUCGCCGUCCGGUUCACGCACACGGCGUGGCUCGACAUGAUGUCGCUGUACCUCCGGCCGCCGCUGCCGAAGCAGCACUUCGCGAGGCCGAUCCCGACGCACCUCCUCCCGAGGCUCCGGCGGCACGCCGCGGACGUCGUCGCGUCCCGCCUGGCGCGCGCCGAGCCGCCGCUGCUCCCGGCCGCCGUGCACUACCUCCUCGGCAACCCGAGGCACGACGACGUGCCGGAGCGCUACGCGUACAGCAUGCGCAGGUCGGUCGCGACGUGCGCGCGCCUGCGCGACGUGGUGGCGCCGCUCGCCGCGUUCGCGCGCUGGUUCCGGGGCGUCCGCGACUGGGACAACCCGGUCACCACCGUCCUCGUCGCGGCCGUGUUCCUCGUGCUGGCGUGGAUGCCGUCCCUCCUCCUUCCGACCUUCUUCCUCUACCUGUUCGCCGUCGGCGCGUGGAACUUCUGGCGGCGGCGGCCGGCGGGGCCGGCGCAGAUGGAGCACUACAGCGACGGCGUGCCCCAGGGCAUGUUCGAGGAGGAGUUCGACGCCGGGUCGCCGUCGGGGACCCCGCCGGAGGCACUCCGCGAGUGGUACUGGCGACUCCGGGGGACGGCCGGUAACGUUCAAAUGCUCAUCGGCGACGUCGCCUCGAUGGGCGAGCGCGUGCACGCGGUGCUGGAGUGGAGGGACGGCCGCGCCACGGUGAUCGCGCUCGCGGCGGUGGCCGCGCUCACCGUCGUGACCUACGCGGUGCCGUUCAGGGCGCUGGUGUGUGUCACCGGAGUCUACGUCAUGAGGCCUCCGCUGCUGCGGCGGAAGGGGCCGUCGCCGCUGACGAGCUUCUUCCGGCGGUUGCCGUCCGAUGCCGAUGUCAUGCUGUGA